AUGGGAAUAACAGGAGAGCCGUCGGCUGAACAACAUAAGUUGCAAGAGGAGGAAGAGGCACAAUCCAAGUUGCUGAAGGAGCAGGAGGAGAAUGAGGCACAACUUAAGUUGCUGAAAGAGCAGGAGGAGAAUGAGGCACAACUUAAGUUGCUGAAAGAGCAGGAGGAGAAAGAGGCAGAACUCAAGUUGCUGAAAGAGCAAGAGGCACAAGCCAAGUUGCAGGAUGAAUUUAAAAAGCUGAAUGACUGGAAAAAGAUAUCUGCGUCGUUCGAAUCUCAACUGAAGAAGGCCGGAGGUGAAGAAUUUAAGAAAAUGAAGCAAGGCGGGACGUAUAUUGUAAAGCAGAACCUCGACGAAUUGCUGGAUGGCUGGGACCCGACAGCCAAGGUUCACAAAAGUAAGUCGAAGUCCAGCACUGAACGCCUUCAGGAUUGGCUCGCUGAACGAGAAUCUCCAGACAAACUUUUUACGGUGCUGGGAAUUCACAAAGCGGCGGACAGAUCGGCGAACAAUCUUUUGAUCAGCAUGAAUUUGGAAAGGUGGAACUUCGUCAUGCAAACGUUUGACGAAACAGGCCGUUACAACUUUGAAGAUAAGCUCAAGGAAACCCUCAAGGCUUUUUGCGGCAAUGAUGAUCGGGCUACACUCUUCUUGAAACGUCUCGUUAUCUUAAGAGGAAGAACAAGACGUAAUCAAUUGAAGUGGCUGCGUGAAAUGAAAGAUCCAAAACAAGCUUACAAAGACAUGAAGGUGGAUGAUGAUAAGAAUCGCUUUAUUGAGGAUAAUUUGGCAAAAUGGAGUAAAUACGUGGACGCCUAUAACGACUUGUACCUACAGAGUAAGAAAACUCUACGUUCCUAUUAUUCUGAUUCCGAUAAAGCGUUGAUAGAGAAGAUCUUUCGUGGACGUAUAAGAUAUCCACAGAUGGGUCCUAAAAAGCAAAUGCUAGACGAGAUCCUCGAGUCAUGGGCUAAUAAAAAGCCCCCCAUUUCUCCUGCUGAGGUUUUCGAUCAUUUCGAGAAAGCACUCAAGAAGGGUAAAGAGCUUUCAACAGUGGAGGAGGGUAAAGAGCUUUCAACUUUGGAGGAGGGUAAAGAGCUUUCAACUGUGAAGAAGGAUGAACUGAUUUUAACAGUGCCUUUAAGAGGAUUAAAAAACUACCUGGAAAUACUUAAUGUCGGAAAACAGAUGGGUGAAAAGUCUAAGGACGAAGUUGAAAUGGAGAAGCUGAUCAAAUCUCUUCUUCACGAUGAUUCUAGGCGAAAAGAAUCUGAUUCGAUUGAGAAAUUUUUUAAACUCAAGGAUGCUCUUUGGCCAAAGAACCCAUUAAAACGGAAGUCGGAGUCCCCCUCUGAUUAUGCACGUGACAGGCAGCGUCCACGUGGUGAAUAA